AUGAAUUUGGGUCCCGUCAAGGCGUUUAAUGUUAUGAAGACUUGUUUUGGCGGUUUUGAAGACGUGGGUGCAAGUAAAGUUGAAUUUAAGAACUAUAAGAGGCACAUUAACUUGUUUAUAGGGGAAUAUGACGCUGAUAUGGUUGUGAGACAUUUGAAUGAAAGAAACCAUUCCCAGCCUAAUUUCUCGUAUGAUUACAUCACAGACGAAGAGAAUCGUUUGAAGGGACUUUUUUGGUGUGACGAUCAAGCUAAACGUAAUUACCACGUGUUUGGUGAUACAAUCAUCACUGCAAAAGCUGUUGGUUCUCAACCAAAAGUUGUUGUCACUAACCAAGAUCCAGCAAUGAAGAAGGCUAUUUCUGUUGUAUUUGUUGACAUGAGGCAUCGGUUAUGCAUGUGGCAUGUGAUGCAUAAACUUUCUCCGAAGGUUGGUGUUAGGCUAUGCAAUUCCACCAAUUUUAAAGAACGUAUUUGUGGUGUUGUGUGGACGGAUAUUCUCACACCUAAAGAGUUUGAGUCAGAAUGGGAAGCGGUUAUUGCAGAGUUCAAUUUAGAAGAUAAUGACUGGCUAUCUGAUAUUUUUGCACUUAGGGAAUCUUGGAUCCCUGCAUACUAUAGAAUGGAGGAGAUGUCUGGUCUUAUGCGAACGACAUCCAGACGAACAUUCUAUGCAUGGCGUUAUAGAGAUAUUGUUUUUGGCGUUUUUCAGGGAAUUUCCAAAACAAUACAUUCUGAAUAG